AUGAGCUGCAGGUGUUGCUCACCGGGUCCCGGGGGUCAAAAGAGGGAGCGCGGCGGCUGCUCAGCACACGCUUUGCCCCCUCGCUGUCGGGUGGAUGGACGGGUCACGCGCUGGUUUUUGAAAAGCAAUUGCCACGAUGGUCUUUUUUGGAUUGGACUGAAUAAAACCCAUCUCAGUGGGAAGCUGUGGCAGAUCAGUGUGCUGGAUGAAUCUGGUGCAGAUUUUCCUGUAACUCCAAACUUUGCGUCACAAUGUGGUUACACCAUCUCAAUGGAUCCAUUGGAUUAUGUUGAAUUUCGGGCCUCCAUCCUUGCCUGUCAGAUCCAUAUUAUGGCUGAAACUUUCACCCUGAAAAUACAAAUAAAGUUAUCUGCCAAUGGAGGCAUUGUUUCAACAUAUACAGAAACCUUUUCUUGUACAUAUACUGCAUGGGCUGUGAGGCAAAUAAUUUGUGAAGAAAACUACAUGCAGGUAUCUGUACCACAUGGGGUACCACCCAUUGACCAAGAUUAUCACCAGGAUGCUGAAGGCUGGAUUUCCAUAUUUCCAGAAGUAAUUACUGCAGCAGACUCAACAUGGCAAAUUGUAUUUCAACUCCCUGAAGAAAAAAGAAACAUGACUGUGGGUGAAGCACAUAAGAUGGGUUAUGGAAUCAACACAACUCUACAUCGCAUCCUGUUGCGUGCCCCAUAUCAUGCAAAUGAGAGCCAAAUGGUUUUGGUUCAAGGGAUACCUUUAUCUGUAAUCCGAUCAACUGCUUUCUACAAGAAGCCCUGGUUAGCUCUGCUUGUUGACACUACAGUGGCUUGUCCUCUUGGUAAUGAUACAAUCACUGAGGAUACCAUUGUGUGGACGGUUCCAAAAAUCUUCACUCCACUUGUGCAAAGAGCAGUUAUUGAUGAUCAAAAGAUCUUCAUGGGAGUGAAUGGCAAAAAGCUGAAUGAGAAAAUCAUUGACCAGACAAACUAUGUCCUGGAUAUUAAUGAGAACAUUGUUGCAGUAACUAUCCCAAUUGGAGCAGAGGGUGGAUAUUAUAAGAGUGAUGUAGUGAAUGGUCAGUAUGGUAUCCGGUACAUCAUUAAUCUUCUCUUGGAAUUCCAAUGGAGAGAUGUUGAUGCAUGGGAAGAGAACAAAUUAAUCAUGAUCCACCCAAUCACUACUCCUAUUCUUCGGCCACCCUUUCUCACUGAUGAUACAAUUCCUAAACAACGGCUAUUCAAUGUUACACUGGGAAACUUUCUUCUUGAUGUGGAACUGAUAAAAGUGACUCUGGGACCAGUGUCCUUCACUGUGAAAGAAGUCAACCAAGAGGGAUACUUGUUAUAUGAAACUACCAACCCAAAUGGAACCAAAGCCUUUGUUCUUGAAGUCCCAAUUGAGUCAUCGCCUGUAGAGAGAAAAUAUAUAGGAGAUGGUGUUCAACAAUAUAUCCUUGAUAUUAUCUACACACUAUCUGUGGUACCAAGAAAUCUAAUUUUCACAUAUCCAGCUCACCUAAUAGUCAAUCAAAGUGAUGUUGUGUUGCCAAUAGCAAAUGGGUUUUGUCAUGAAGAGAGCAUGACCUUGAUUGUGAAACGUGGCAGCUUGGACCAUUACUGGAUCCCUUUCAUUGGAAAUGUACAAUUAACUCAGCACAAAGCAGAACAAAGUGGUUAUGUUUUACAAGAUAAUGGUACCCAUUUCAGUGUGGAUGUCCCAUUUUAUGGCCCUGAAGUUGUCUAUGAGGUGAUAUACAACCAAGGAGUUAGAAGCAGACUUGACAUUACAUUGAAGGACAACAAAACUCUGACUGUGCUAAGUAGCUUUUCUGUUUCCUGCAGUUUUCCCACAACUGAUCUAAUAGGUUGCUUUCCGAAUGGUACAGUGAUCAUUACACUGCUAAAACUAGAACUUCCAUUGGGAAUGGAACUCACAAAAAUGAUGCUUCGGGAUAAAGAUUGCAAACCAAAGGAAAAUGCUGCAGGGAAGACUGUGUACCAGUUCUAUGUAAAUUCAUGUGGAACGAGCAGACGAUUUGAAAAAGGUUACAUGAUCUAUGAGAAUGAAGUGGCAUACUUCAAAGAAUCCCAACCAGCAAGUGACCCAAUGUAUCGGAUUGCAAUCUCUUGCCGCUACCACAUAAAUGGCACUCUGCACUUUCAGUUUGAACACAAAGCAAAUCCUCAACCUAUUGUUGAACCAGGAUAUGGACCUAUUACACUGGCUAUGGAGCUUGACAAAGAUGCCCUAUACUCUGAAGUCUAUGAAAUUGUUGAGUAUCCAGUAAUGAAGUAUCUGACUGAACCCCUCUACUUUGAAGUUCAACUCUUGCACAAUGAAGAUCCACAAGUUGAGCUGUUUUUACAAGAUUGCUGGGCAACUUCAUCCCGUGACCAAAGUGGCUUUCCCCAGUGGCCUAUCAUUGUCGAUAGUUGUGAGAACAAGGCUGAUACACACAUGACCAUCUUCCAUCAAGCAACUAAUAGUACCAGGGUGAAGUAUCUCUCUCACGUGAAACGGUUUGAGGUGAAAACAUUUGUUUUUACUUCAGUUGACCAGCAACCUUUAGUGGGAGAGGUUUACUUCCACUGCAGUGCAGUCAUUUGUAAUUCUAAGGAAACCAAUGUGGAUGAAGUGUGUCCUGGGAAAUGUGUACCGCACAAACAGAGGAUGGGUCGCAGUGCUGGCACACACCACUACUUUGAAGGAUCUGUAUCAUCUGGACCAAUAUUGAUCCUAGGACAAGUUCCUGGAGUGGAAAAGCAAAUUGAGAAAGAUGCUCAAUUCCAAUCUUACUGGCCUUUGUUACUGACUGGAGGAUCAGUCCUACUAUUUGCUUUUGUUAUCCUUGGCGUAAAUACUAUUAAAUGCUAAAUGAGCAGUAUAUAUAGUAUUGCAAAUAAACUUGGAAUAUAUAAUUCAAAAUUGUGAUUCAGUUUGUACAUACA